GAGCCCAUGGGCCGGAGCUGAGGCUGCCUGGGGCGGCGGGGCGCGGGGCAGGGGGCGCGGUCGAGGCCCGGAGGCGACGGCGCAGGAGGAAGCGGAGGAGGUCGGGCGCUCGGGGCCCGGGAGGCGGGCCGCGCAGCGCCGCAGCCCCGGGCUCGCCAUGCUCCUGGCCUCGGCCGUGGUGGUCUGGGAAUGGCUGAACGAGCACGGCCGCUGGCGUCCCUACAGCCCCGCCGUGAGCCACCACAUCGAGGCGGUGGUCCGCGCUGGCCCCCGCGCGGGGGGCAGCGUGGUGCUGGGCCAGGUGGACAGCCGUCUCGCGCCCUACAUCAUCGACCUGCAGUCCAUGAACCAGUUCCGCCAAGACACGGGAACUCUCCGCCCAGUUCGCCGCAACUACUACGACCCCUCCUCGGCCCCUGGGAAGGGCGUGGUCUGGGAGUGGGAGAACGACAAUGGCUCCUGGACGCCCUACGACAUGGAAGUGGGCAUCACCAUCCAGCAUGCCUAUGAGAAGCAGCACCCCUGGAUCGACCUCACUUCCAUCGGCUUUAGCUACGUCAUUGACUUCAACACCAUGGGCCAGAUCAACCGUCAGACCCAGCGCCAACGCCGAGUCCGCCGGCGCCUUGACCUCAUCUACCCCAUGGUUACGGGGACCUUGCCUAAGGCUCAGUCCUGGCCAGUCAGCCCUGGGCCAGCCACCUCACCCCCCACCCCACCCUGCUCCUGUCCCCAGUGUGUCUUGGUGAUGAGUGUUAAAGCAGCCAUGGUCAAUGGCAGCACUGGACCCCUGCAGCCCCCAGUUACUCGCAAGAACAUGGCUCCUCCUGGAGUGGUCAAGCUGCCCCCACCACCAGGCCCUGGGGCCAAGCCACUGUACAGCACAGACACCAUUCAAGGCCCGAUAAAGACCGCCCCAUCCCAGAUGAUCCGGAGACAGGCCUCCAGCAUGCCUAGUGGGACAACCGCAGGCUCUCCUGCCAGCCCCCCAGGACCCAACGGCAAGACUGGAAGGGUGGCCCUGGCCACCUUGAAUCGUACCAACCUGCAGCGACUGGCCAUUGCCCAGUCCCGGGUGCUGAUCGCCUCUGGGGUCCCCACAGUCCCAGUGAAGAACCUAAAUGGCUCCAGUCCUGUCAACCCUGCCUUGGCAGGAAUCACUGGGAUCCUCAUGAGUGCAGCGGGGCUGCCUGUGUGUCUCACCAGGCCACCAAAGCUGGUCCUACACCCACCCCCCGUCAGCAAGAGUGAAAUAAAAUCCAUCCCAGGAGUUUCCAACACAAGCCGCAAGACCACCAAAAAACAAGCCAAGAAAGGUAAAACCCCAGAGGAAGUGCUAAAAAAAUAUCUGCAGAAAGUCCGGCACCCACCAGAUGAGGACUGCACCAUCUGUAUGGAACGCCUCACGGCCCCCUCAGGCUACAAGGGCCCGCAGCCUACGGUCAAGCCUGACCUAGUAGGGAAGCUGUCCAGGUGCGGCCACAUCUACCACAUCUACUGCUUGGUCGCUAUGUACAACAAUGGGAACAAGGAUGGGAGUUUGCAGUGUCCAACUUGCAAGACCAUUUAUGGGGUGAAGACAGGCACCCAGCCUCCGGGGAAGAUGGAGUACCACCUCAUCCCCCACUCCUUACCUGGCCACCCGGACUGCAAAACCAUCCGGAUCAUCUACAGCAUCCCCCCUGGCAUUCAGGGACCAGAACACCCGAAUCCUGGGAAGAGUUUUAGCGCCCGAGGCUUCCCACGACACUGUUACCUUCCAGACAGCGAGAAAGGGAGAAAAGUGGGAAGCAGGUGUUUUGGAGGAAAUAGAGAAUCAACCACAUCGAGAUGUGCCAGUGCAGUGUUUCCAGAUUAAAAGUUGGGACAAUUCUUGAUACUGUUUGCCUUGAAGGGCCAGAUUUCUGUGCUUGAGCCCUGGAGCUACAUCCCAACUGUUGGCAAAAUGUCUCCGCUGCAAAGUCCUGCAGUUACAACUAGAAUCCUGUUGUCAAGAGCUGCUUUUCUUCCAGGCCUCCCUCUUUAUAUUAAUGACAUACUCAGCAUCCCUGGUACCCAGAUGGGCACACUAACCUUCUUGGACUCCUGUUCUUAUCCAUCGCAUCCGUUUAGCUCAUUCCUCCCCACACACUCACUGCCUUCCAAACCACUAGACCCCUCUUCUAACCCUGCCACCACCAACGUAUAUAAGACUUCUUCAUCUUUUAUCUGCUGCCAGAUUAGGUAUCUCAAAGAGUUUUUAGAAUCAAGGUUUUUGUGUGUAAAAGAAAUAAAACAAAGAGAUAACAAAGUGCAGUCUUCUUACCUUGACAUAUAAAACCGACUGCAGUGUGGGUUAAACUUUCUCCUCACACUAAUUUCCCAUCCUUAUCCUUUACAUCUGCUGUUCCAGUACGCUAACCUUGGGCUUCAUUGUAGAUUGAGGUAUGAUUGGAGGAUAGGCUUUGGAGCCAGACCAGCCUGGGUUCAAGUCCCAUUUCUGUCAUUUACUAGCUGUGGGAACUGGCAUGAAACUUCAUGUCUUGAAGUCUGUUUCCUAAUCUGUAAAAUAGUGGUGAUAAUUUCCAUCUGUAUGGACAAGAUGUUGGAAAAAUGAAAUGAAAAUAUCUUUUGUAAAAUGCACAGCAUAGAGACAGCAAUUGUAAUUUAUCCAUGCCUUGAGUUUAUAUUUGUUUACUAUGUCUACGCAUUCUUCUCUAUUGACAUACCUCAAAUCCUUCCCUUCCCUUCCUUUACUACUCAGCUCAGAAGCAGCCUCCUCCAUGAAUUCUAUACUGAUUCCUAUCUGGGAGUCAACAGAGUGGUGAUUCAGACCAUGAGCUAUGGAGUCAGGCAGUCCUGAAAUCAAUCCCCUAACCCCACAACCCCAACCACUUACUAGCUAUGAGACCAAAGCAAGUCUUUAUCUUUUGAGCCUCUGUUUCCUUGAGGGGGAUAAUGAGAGUACAGUUAUUUGUCAUUUAAUGACAGGGAUAUAAUUAUCAUUGGACAGCUUCAUCAUCAUACAAACAUCACAGAGUGUACUUACACAAAACUAGAUGGUAUAGCCUAUUACACACCUAGGCAAUAUGGUAUAGCCUAUUGCUUCUAGACUACAAACUUGUACACCAUGUUAUUGUACUGAAUACUAUAGGUAGUUGUAUAAUGGUAAGUAUUUGUGAAUCUAAACAUACCUAAACACUGAAA